AUUUGGUACUUGAUGUUAGUUUAGAAGAAGCCAUUUUGGAAUGAAAUCAGAUUUACAUCUUAUUAGUUUGGUGUUUGUUGACUGAAUCAGAUUGGUAGGAAAAUCUUAACCAAAAAUUAUAGGCCGGACAAAGCAGCGGAGACAUCGGUGUCCGGAUGGAGCACAGACCUAAUGUCGUUCCUUGAAGAAUUUCAAGCCAAUUUGGAGUCUCUACCCGUUAUUCUUCAGAAGAAGUAUGCCUUGUUGCGUGACCUAGAUAAGAGUUCACGGUAUUUGUCCAUUCAAAGGCAAAAUGAACGCCGCUGUGAACAAGAAAUUGAAGAUAUUAGGCGAGGAGUUAGGUCUGGAAACAUCACACCUGAUACUUCGGUUGUUCGAUUUUCCGAUGAAGCACUUGAUGAGCAAAAGCAUAGCAUUAGGAUUGCUGAUGAAAAGGUUGCCCUGGCUGUCCAGGCAUAUGAUUUGGUAGAUACAUACAUACAACAACUUGAUCAGUAUCUCAAGAAGUUUGAUGAGGAGCUUCGGCGUGAAAGAGAAAAUGCUGCAAUAAGUGGAGUUCCUGCUUCAGCUCCUGAUGGUAAUACAAAAUCUGGAAGGGGUAAUGAAGGUGGCAGAGGAGGGCGUAAAAAACACCAAACAUCUGUUGCAGUGGCAACAGAAGCACAACCUACACCUGUGAACCAAACUGGCAUGGAAUUGGAUUUACCAGUUGAUCCAAAUGAACCCACAUACUGCUUUUGUAACCAAGUUAGCUAUGGCGAGAUGGUUGCCUGUGAUAACCCUGACUGCAAGAUAGAGUGGUUUCAUUUUGGUUGUGUUGGUCUGAAAGAACAACCAAAAGGAAAAUGGUAUUGUUCAAAUUGCGCAGCAACAAAAAAUCGUCGCAGAGGCAAAUGAGGUUUGACAGAAGAACAAGAUUAAUAGUAAAAUGGGUGACUGUAUAUUGUUAAUAUGUUUAGAAGAUGCAACUUUAAUGUUUUCAGGGCCUUGAAACUUUGCAUCACUGGCCGUCUUUGCAUCUUACGUUAUUGAUCUUGCAAAUGGAGCUAUUAUUUCGUUGUUAGGUCAAGCUUUCAUAAGGAGAGGAUAUUUUUGUAUAGAUUUUGUGCAGAAUGUAAACUAAAAUUAUUACAAAGUUUACUUGAAUUAUAGUUAAUUCUCCUAUUUAGUUGACCAAGAAA